AUGGGCACUCCCUUCAUCACCUUCCUCGGGCCCUCUGACCUGAGUGGCUACAACCGCAAGCUUUCCUCAUCCGAACAGUCCAGCGUGAUCCCACGAACCUUCAUUGACGCCAUGGAAGUUCGCGAGCAAGUCUUCGUGGAAGAGCAAAAGAUCCCCUUGGAAAACGAAUUCGAUGCAGAUGACCACCGAUCCUGCCACUGGGUCAUCUACGCCUCCGUGAACACGGUCACCGAGCCCGAAAUCAAAGACAGCUCAGGUAGAAUUGUCUCCCGCAAAAAGUCCGUCACACGCUCGACCCCCAUCGGCACCGUCCGUCUCGUCCCCUUCCCUCACCCUGCCCACCCCGAGCCUGGCUCCAAGUACUCCGAUGCUGUCGACGCCGGCGCAAACCCGGCAUCUAUAGAGCCACCUCCAUACAUCGCCGAUCGAGCCACUACAUACCACGAUGGCAGAGAACCAUAUCUCAAGCUCGGACGGCUGGCGGUGCUAAAGGAGUUUAGGAGGUCGGGAAUUGCUAAGAUGUUAGUCGGCGCUGCGAUGGCUUGGGCACAGCAAAACCCCACGCUCUUCAAUCCCAGAAUCACGGUGUCAGGAUUGGAUAAAGUCACGACGGAGAUGAACGGGGAAAUUCCGGUUUGGAGGGGUCUGCUGUGUGUGCACGCUCAGAAGCAGGUCCAGAAGACGUGGGAGAGGUGGGGUUUCAAGCUGGACGAAGGAAUGGGUGAGUGGGAUGAAGAAGGCAUUGAGCACGUUGGGAUGUUUAUGAGGCUUGAGUAUCUGAGUCCAUAUGUGAUUUCGUCUUGA